CACAUGCGCAUGCGCGCCGGCGGGGCGGUCACGAGGCGGCCGGGCCGGGCCGGGCCGUACCGUACCGUACCGUACCGGGAGAUGGCGCGGCCGCUGGAGAAGCUCCCGCCGGAACGGGCGCUCCAGUUCUUUCAUAAGAUAGUUGAUGGCAUCUGUGGCCGUGCGUACCCUCGAUACCAGGAUUAUGGCAAUGUUUGGAGCUUGUCAGAAUGGAUGCAGGUUUUAGAAGAAACUACGACGUAUUUCAAAACUGCAGUUGGCAAAAAUAUGUCUGAUGAAGAGGCUGCUCAGCAGAUAAUGGAGUUAAGUUCAGAUUAUCAAGAAGCAAUCACAAAAUGUCUGAAAGGUAGAAAGGAAGAAAUCAGGAAUGCCCUAGUAGAAAAUGUACAUGCAAUCUCUUCUGCCCAGCUGCAGGAUUUUGACUGGCAGUUAAAGCUUGCUCUCUCCAGUGAUAAGAUCUCCAUGCUGCAAAUGCCACUCCUCAAUCUUGAUUUGGAUGUGAGAGAGAAUGGUGAAAUUAAGCCAAUUUCUAUAGAGAUGAAUAAGGAAGAGUUGCAGAACCUAAUAAAUGCACUGGAAGCUGCUAAUAAGGUUGUCUUACAACUGAAAUGAUGGAAUUCAGAUCAGUAUCUGCUGGUGGUGGCUCCCUGAAUGAUUUGCGGGAAAAUGUGUUUGCUGCAAAGUGGAAAGGUUUUGGUGCUGUAAAAUACUGAAGUCAGAACAGUGUUAUGACCAAAUGAACUACUAAUCCUUCAAUAAAUAUAAUAAAUUCUUGUAUCUAUUUGACCAAAGAUAUGAAAACCUAAUGUACAGUUGCUUUUAGUACUAAAGAUUUAUAGACAUUCGGAAGAAAAUCACUUACAACAUGUGCCAUAUUUGUUUUUGUAAAAUUUUGGCAGUGACUGCACAGGUGCCUGGUAAAACUAAGGCAUCUUGCUGGCAUUGUAUGUUACCUUAUCUAAAGUGCCAUGCUAAUAAAGAACGAGAGUGUAUUUGUAGCAUUAAUGUAUUUAAACUUGUAAAUAUGGUAAAUAAAUACCUGACUUUGUGUGUGAA